GGGGGGAAGGGUACGCUCACACGCUCCCGAGGGGACGCGUGGGGGGUGGAAUCGGAGGAGGGUUCGAUCGACGUGUCCGAAGAAAGAUACAACGGAAAACAGGAAGAAGGGCAAAAAGGAGGAAUACAAGAUGGGCACAAAGAAGGGAAGACAGAUGGGCACAAAGAAGGGAAGACAGAAGGGCACAAAGGAGGAAAGGUUGAACAAGGAGACGGAAGGGGAAAAGGAGGAAACAUGGGCAGUGACCCACCCCAGGCGAGUAGGGAGGAGGAUAUCCAUGAGAUGGACCGGAGGUUUAGCAUAAAGGGGGCGGACCCAAAAGAUAUGAUACAGCAGAUGUCUGGGUCUGAAAAUAAUCCGACGAUUUCCGCUCCGUCGAUUCCUCCGUAUACCAACGUAGCUCCGGUGGCAGCUUCAAACCGAUUAGACAAUC